CGGGGACAUGUGAUCAGCCUGAAGUCGCUGCUGCUUCUCCGUCGUCAGCGCUGACUCCUCCGUCUCCAUGGUGACCGCCCCAGUGUUGUCGCUCCAGUUCCAAGAUGGCGGACGAGGAGAAGAGCGCUGAGCCUCCUGUUACUGCUGAGCCCAAGAAAAGACGUGCCCCUAAAGCCCCAGAGCUGCCCAUUGUGGAGAGGAGGAACUGGCUUAUCCAUCAGCAUUACAUCCGCAAGGACUAUGAGACUUGUAAGACCAUCAUCAAAGAGCAGCUACAAGAAACCAAUGGAAUGUGUGAAUAUGCCAUCUAUGUACAAGCACUAAUCCUGCGUCUGGAGGGGAAGAUCCAACAGUCCCUGGAGCUGUUCCAGAGCUGCGCCAUCCUUAAUCCUGCCAGCGCCGACAACCUGAAGCAAGUGGCCCGCUCCCUAUUCCUCUUGGGGAAGCACAAAGCAGCCGUGGAGUUUUACCACGAGGCAGCCAAACUCAACGACAGAGACUGGGAGAUCUGCCAUAAUCUGGGAGUGUGUUACUUCUUCAUAAAAGACCUCAAACGUGCUGAGGAGCAUCUGAGCGCGGCGCUGCAGUUGAACAAACACGAGCGCUCCUUCAUGAUGCUAGGGAAGGUCCACCUGCAGGCCGGAGACACAGACAAGGCCAUCGAGGUCUACAAGAGGGCUGUGGAAUUUUCACCGGAGAACACAGAACUGCUGACUACACUUGGCCUGAUGUAUUUACAGCUCGGAAAAUACCAGAAGGCGUUUGAACAUCUCGGCAAUGCCCUCACUUUUGACCCCAACAAUUAUAAGGCCAUCCUGGCAGCGGGCAGUAUGAUGCAGACCCACGGGGACUUUGACGUGGCCAUGAACAAGUACCGUGUGGCAGCCAGCGCGGUGCCCGAGAGCCCUCCCUUGUGGAACAACAUCGGCAUGUGCUUCUUCGGCAAGAAGAAAUAUGUGGCUGCCAUCAGCUGCCUGAAGAGGGCGCACUACCUGUCUCCGUUUGACUGGAAGGUUCUGUAUAACCUGGGCCUGGUGCACCUGACCAUGCAGCAGUACGCCUCCGCCUUCCACUUCCUCAGUGCAGCCAUCAACCUGCACCCGCGCAUGGGCGACCUCUACAUGCUGCUCGCAGUGGCCUUGACCAACUUGGAGGACCAGGAGAAUGCCACCAGAGCGUACGAGCAGGCUGUGACUCUAGACCAAUCCAAUCCAAUGGUCAACUUGAACUUUGCCAUCUUCCUGUACAACCACGGAGAUAAGAAGGGCGCUCUGGAGCAGUACCAGGAGAUGGAACGCAAAGUCAAUGUGCUCCGAGACAGCAGCUCCAGCCUGGAGUUUGACCCGGAGCUCAUAGACAUGGCUCAGAAGAUGGGCGCCGCUCUGCAGGUGUCAGACACUGUGGUGUGGAGCAAACCCUCCAAAGAGUCCAAGUCCAAAGGCAGCUCCUCCUCGACCUCCAAGAGCAGCGGGGCAGCUCUGGGGACCAACCAGGCUCUGGGGCAGGCCAUGUCCUCUGCUGCCAGCUACAACAAGAGCCUGCACAUGCAAGCAGUGGUGUCGAAAGGGCCCUCACUGCCCCGGGACGCAGAGGCAGAAGCGGCCCCCAGCCCCCCCUCGGAGCCCCCUCGGACCUGCCCUCGGACCCCCCCGGAUCCCCUGAGCCUGUGGACCCCGAUAACCCCAAAGCCAAGAGCUCCAGGAGGAAAGCCAAAGCAGAGGAGGCCAACUAGAGUCGGCGCACACAGAGCCCGCGUGCAGCUUGUGUUCAUAAUGUAAGAUCGGAUUGUUGAAUAUUUUUCGCUUCAACUCUGUACAAAAGAAUAUCGAGUCAAAAUCACUGCUGUCCCGCUGAGCCACUGCCGCCCCCUUUAUUUCUAAAAGAUGUCAAAUGACCGUGCUUUCUUUGUGCUGGUAGUUAAGCUUGACGUCAGAAAAACAUAUCGGAACUAGUAAAAUCUUGUUUAAAGACGGGGUAUUUUGCACGUUUUGGAGCUUUCUGCCGUGUUCUAACGCUGUUCUCUCAUCAGUUUUAAAUGUCAUCUGUGUAUUUUUGGAGUAUUUUAGGCUACGUUCAGACCGCAUCCUGAAGUGACCCAAAUCCGAUUUUUUGGCCCCUGUGCUCCUGUAUCCUAUCUUUUAACGACACAGAUCCGAUUUUUUCAAAUGUGGCCCAGGCUACUUGGAUAUGUGCUCCUAAAACCAAUACAUAUCUGAUCUUUUGACAUGCAACUUCAGUCUGAACGGUCAGGUCGCAUUCAUCCACCUACACCUACUCGUUAUCAACAAGCGACAAAUGUUCUUCUCAUUAUACGAAUAUUUUGUCAGAACUCUGUGUGAGUGAAGCAGUGAAGCACAGAUCAGUCCCACCUCUCUUGACUGAGACUCCACACCCAACGUUUCUUUCUACGGACGUUGCUGCCACUGUCCCACAAAAUGCCAUGGCCAAAAAUAUGGAGUAAGAAAGAAAGAAAUAUACGUGCGCAUAGAAUAGAUAUCCGUGCCUAUUUGGGAAAUCCGUGCAUAUUUGUCUGUAGUUGCGCAUAAAAUGAAUAUUCGUAAACUCUGAAAUGAAUCCAGUCAUACAUAAAAUAUACGUUAUGUCUGAUGUUCGCCAACUGGCUCCCACUAUGUUAUCUACUAAAGUAUAGGUACAAUUUCCUGUUCAGAGGAGGUGUUUCCACACAAUAUCACACAGCAGCGUUUGGUUCCCGAAUUCAAUGUGGCAAGACAAGACAUUUUUACAAUACAUUUUAAUUAAGCCACUUGUUGGUCGCUGUUGUAGCUCCUUGUUGUGCAGUUACUCAGUUUUUACCCUCUACUAGGGAUGGACAUUCUAUGAAAUUUUCUUAAUCGAUUGUCGGAAGAAUUAACGAUCGAUUAUUGAUUAAUCAUGAACGUUUUUAUAUUAAAAUGAUCAUCAUUAUUAUUACUAUCUGCACUACUAAUCUGCAUAAAUAAAUUCAACUUCACGACAUAUAAACCGUACCCAGUCUAGAGCCACAUCAAUCCGUUUGACAUUAUAAUGUGUCUAAUUCAAUUUUGCGCAACUCUCACAGAAACAAAACUUAAAACUGCAUCGCUAAUUUGCAUAAACUAAGCAAAGAUAAAACUACAGCUCUUGUGUCGCUGAUGUGGUUCAAUUUCUGUCAGAUUAAAAGACAUGACUCAGGUGAAUACAGGUUAGUGUGACCAGAUUUGUGUUUGUCAAAACCAGGACACUGUACGGGGGGAGGGAGGUGGGGACUCGUCAUCCACAUUGCGCGACUCUCACCUGGUAAAACUUUUUCCCACUGGACACAGAAACAUAUGUGCUGCUUUAUACACUGUGCACAUGGACUCACACUUGUCCCGAACGCAACAGAAAGCGUGAAAUUUCUUGUACAAGUCAUCGUUAAAUACACAUUUGUACUUCAGUAUGUUGCAGACUGACUGACAUGUACGGACCUGUUUGGUCACACUACACACAGCAACCUACAUUCGGUUUGUCGAUUAAAAUUAACGUAAUCGAUGAAAUUCUUAAUGAUCAAUUAUCGAUUAAUCGAUUAAUCAUGCCCAUCCCUACCCUCUACUACAACUUUACCACAUGUGCAGUCUUGAUCUUGAUCGAUGUUUCUUCUGCUCAAUAAAUAAUGCCUGUGAAUGACGUAUUUUUGACAAUGAAGUCCCGUCUGUGAAUAUGUAUUUGUACUGAUGAAAGUGUAAUCGUAAUAUUCAUUUUGUGAUUCUAAUUCUUGACGUCAUAACUUUUCAAUUCGUAUUCUGAUGGAUAAAAUACACAAUAUGUUUUAUGUACGACUGGACUCAUUUGAGAGUUUACAAAUAUUUAUUUUAUACACAGCUACAGACAAAUCUGCACAGAUUUCCCAAAUACGCACGGAUUUCUGUUCUAUGUGCACGAAUAUUUCUCAAAGCUUUCUUACUCCAUACAAAACCUCAUACUUCUGCUUCUCAGUCUCCUCCUUAAAACAAAUAGUCUGUUCAUGUUCUGGCUCCGGUGCGACAGCAGCUUUAUAAUCUCCACGUGCUCAAUGCUGCGUCCAUGUUUAGGCGACUUUGGGGCAUUUAGAGUUCACACUGGAGAUCACAUACAUUUAACUGGAAAUAUGAACAAAAUCGCAAAAAAAUUGGAUUUCACAAAAAAAAAAAAAAAAAAAUCCGAAGCCCCGCAGUCUGAACGUAGCCUUUUCAAACCCUCCUAUGUCACCCAUGCUCCCACGCCACAACUGUACACAACAACUUGACAAACCUGAUGAUGUGCAGUAGUUUCAUCAGCACGUGCACACUGAUUGUGUUGUAACAAUGCUCUGAAAGGAGAGUGACUUAGCAUAGAGAGCAAAGGCAGGAGAAACAACAGUGAAAGUUAUUAAACAUGUGAAUAUGUUGUUUUCGGCCAAUAUAGCAUGUUCAAAACAAUAAAAGGAAACAUGGUGAUCUAAAUAUAUUCUGUGUUACAAAUGUAAUACCCCCUCUUUAAAGAGAACACAUAAACAUAUACUGUA